ACGUUCUGAUGUUCUAGCAUCAGGUUGACCCAGACUGAACUGCAGUAAUACGUGUUCAGUUUUAAACGUCACCAAAACAUUGAUCAGUUAUCGAUCGGUUCCUCAUCAGAAGAUCCAAACAGCUGAUCGUUGUUCCACAUCAGAGAGACAAAAGAAAAACCGACAGGAACUUCCUGUUCAGACUGAAGGGACAACGAAUCAACCCGAUCAUCGUUCUACACUCAGAGGAUGAACCAUGAUACAUUUUAACCUGCAUUCUAAACAGGUUCCAGUCUGGAGUUCUGAGGUAAACUAUCGGUAACCUCGUUUAGAACCUCUGAUGGGUUCAGAGACCAGCUGAUGGAUAAACUGAUCCACAGUUGCAGCCUGUAACUGUAGUCUCUGUGUCUCCACAGGAUAGACCUCUCCGACCGUCAGAUGAUGAUCGUGGGCGUUUCUGGUGACCGUUGAUCUGACCAGGUGUGUUCGGCAGGUAUUGGUCUGUCCAUGUAACGAUGAGCUCCGCCUUCUCUCCGUCCUACCUGAGCCUGCUGUCUCCCCCUGCUGGUCUCUGUGAGGAACGCGGUGUCUCUCAGCACUCGGACUCGGCGUCGGGUUCCGUCCCCUUCCUGCUGUACCCGCCAGGCGUGGACGGGCUGGGCCUCUACCAGAACCCCCUGCUGCCCUACCUGAGCCCCUUCCACCCCCACGGACCCUUCGGCAUCUACGAGUGUCCAUUUGAGCCGGCCUUCAUCCAGAAGAGGAACGAGCGUGAGCGUCAGCGGGUGAAGUGUGUGAACCAGGGCUAUGCCAAGCUCAGGGACCACCUGCCAGGACGCAGCGCCGACAAGAGGCUCAGCAAGGUGGAGACGCUGAGGGCUGCCAUCAGGUACAUCAAGUACCUGCAGGGGCUGGUAGAGGAGGAGGAGCCCAGCAGCAGGGCCACACCCACAACCUCCUCACCUGCAGAGUGUGGAGGAGAGUCAGAGGGCUGACCGGGUAAAAAUCUACCUGGAGCUACACCUGGACACUACACCUAAACAAAACACCUGCUGACUACUUAUGGGUCCUUGACCAAUCACUUCCUCUCACCUGUGUGAUCAUCUUGAACCUACCUGCUGGUGAUUAAUAGACUGAUUAUCAAUCAGGAAACACAGAGUGUCAGAAUAAAAAACGUAUGUAAUAAAGCAGCUCAGAUUCAGACGUCGCUCAAGUUUCCCGUUAAACUGCCAUCAUCCGAUCAAUAAACCGAUCAAUAAAACCUGUGUGUGUGAUAGAGUGAGCAGACAGAGCCGAUCAGCGA